AUGCUACAUAGGACCCAUACGGUUCGCCGUCCUGCUGCAGAAGUGCACCGUCUUGUGAGUGUGUGUUUGCUGUGUGCGUGUGGUGGUGUGCGCUUGUUUGGAGUCAGAGCCGGUUCUAACAUGAAGAGAAGCAAGAAGGACGACGGAGCUGCAGACGGGGAGAACGGCUCAACCAAAAAAGCCAAGCCUUCCAAGGAGCCGGAAGCCCCAAUCCUCUAUGAAGACCCUCCAGACAAACUGAGCAGUAAAGAUGGGAAAGAGGCCAACCUGAAGAUCACCUCCUGGAACGUGGACGGGCUCCGGGCCUGGGUGAAGAAGAAGGGCCUGGAUUGGGUGAGUGAGGAGGCCCCAGACGUCCUGUGCCUUCAGGAGACCAAAUGUGCGGAGAAGGACCUGCCCAAAGACAUCACCUCCUUGGACGAGUACCCGCACAAGUACUGGGCGACCGCCGAGGACAACGCAGGCUACAGCGGCGUGGCCAUGCUCUGCAAGACCGAGCCCAUCAAGGUCACCUAUGGCAUUGGCAAAGAAGAGCAUGACAAAGAGGGCCGCGUCAUCACCGCUGAGUUUCCCGACUACUUCCUGGUCACUGCGUACGUGCCGAACGCCGGGAAGGGCCUGGUGCGCCUGGACUACCGCAAGACCUGGGACGAGGACUUCCAGGCCUACCUGAGCGGUCUGGACCAGCAGAAGCCCCUGGUGCUGUGCGGCGACCUGAACGUGGCACACCAGGAGAUCGACCUCAAGAACCCCAAGGGCAACAAGAAGAACGCCGGGUUCACGCCCCAGGAGCGAGAGGGCUUUGACAAGCUUCUCGCCGCGGGCUUUUUCGACAGCUUCCGCACGCUGUACCCGGACCAGCAGUAUGCCUACACCUUCUGGACCUACAUGAUGGGCGCCCGCGGGAAGAACGUGGGCUGGCGCUUGGAUUACUUCGUGCUGUCGUCGGCGCUCCUGCUCAAACUGUGCGACAGCAAAAUCCGCGGCAAGGCCAUGGGCAGCGACCACUGCCCCAUCACGCUGCAUCUGGCCCUUUAA